UGAAAGCUACCACGUAAGGGCCAGCUAAUAGGCCAGCAAAAGAGUCGAGUGUUUAGUGUUUUUUUCUCUUCGAGCCAACAAAAGAAACGAUGGUGCUAUCUAGCACGUAUUAGGUCUUAUACAUUCAUAUUGAGUUGGUGUGAAUUGUUGGCCGUGUUGUGUUGCAAUUGGACAUAUUUGCUGGAUUUUUUUUUAUAGAUCAACCAUUACUGAUCGGGGUUGGUUUCAUUCUCCAGCAAUUUAUUUUUAUCGAAUGUCGCAGGCCUCAUCGCUCCACAUAUAGCAUAUUGUCUGGAAAUUUGUCUUCACACAGUGUCCUGCUCUCAUUCCACGCAACAGCUCUACCUACUCGAAAUUCACAAAAGUUGCUGAAUUUUUGUUGGGAAAUCCACGAAACGAGUGGCGCAAUCAACUGUGCUACAUAUACGCUAUCAACCCAUCCGCAAUCAUCUGUUGAUUAUCUUAGCGAAAUAAGUGAAUACGGCAUUGUAUGGUAGCUGUAGAAAUUGAAAGUACGUCUUAUCUGUUUGAUUUUUGCCCCAUACUUACGGCACAUUUUUAGCGACCAUUCCAUUGUCGUUAACUUUGAAGCUUAAAAGGCACAUGCGACACACGCGCAAGCGUCAGGAAAGUGGAUAGCAGCCAACCAACAUUGCGGAAUACGCUGGAAUUACACCCACACCAAAAUAGACCAGUUCCUUAAACAUCCAGAGAAAAUGAAUGUAAAAAAUUAAAACGGCGCUACCUACUAAGCAUCUUGUGAAUUUGUUAAAUGCCAGGAGUGCAACUGUGUCACGCUGCUUUACUUGGCCAAUUAUAUAGCCGUGCAUUGGAAAAAUCAAUGCCUCAUCCGUACCCGCACAAAUCCAUUGUACUGCACUACCAGUUACAUUGCUAACCCUUGAUCUGUAUGAUCGAUAUACCAAAUUCUGGAUCCAGUCUCACAUCGAUCCAUCGGAAGAACACCGGUGGAGAAUCUGAAAUACUUGUCCGAACAUUAAUCUGCUACGGGAAGCGGUCUACCUGUGUGGUACAGGUUAACAAGUAAUCUUACGACGGUCCUGUGAUACAUAUAUUGUGAAUCAUCUCCGCAGACUAGAUCUAAUGCACUCCAAAUGGCAUGCAAGUGAAAUCAAGCGUGCGUAGUAACGUAGUUUCAUGGAAAGGAAAAGAAACCCGGGAACCGAUUGCCAACCAAAAAUUCGAAGCAUACGACGUUUGAAAAACUAAAGCUUAAGAGAACAGCUUUGGAAUCACUUUAACACGAUCAGCAAAAGAUGUCACUUCUGGCCCACAAGUCUUGGACUAGCUGUUGUAACAAAUGGUUCAUAAUCGCCUAAAGUUUGCUUGUGAUAUCAACUGAAACUUGGAAAACAGUUUCUCUUGUGAAAAAUCCGAUAGUGUAAAACUGCUCAUUUGCGCUUCCUGAAAGCUUGUUCAAGGAGACAAUCUUCCAUAAAUACGCGAUCAAUUUCGAGCAAGGUCAAUUAAGCCACCUAACACAAAACAUGCUACCAACGUAUCAACGGGUUGGUGGGAGUGGGGGACCAUCCACAUCAGGAUCCGUAAAUCCACUGCUUGGGCGGAGGUCGUUCCGAUCACGGGAGAAGUGUCUAAUACUACUUGUCUUAUCUACCUUUGGCUUCGUGUGUUUCGGAGGGUUUUUCUUUCUACCGGACAACUUCAACGCAGAUCGUGUACUGAAAGCAUAUAAACAAUUCCAACGAGCCGGGCCAGAGAUUUUUAUUCCGCCUCCUCCACCUGCGCAUGGUCGUACUGGCGAGGAGGACUUCCAUAAGCUGGAUGAUCGUGAAAAACUACAAGAGAAGAUUCGAAGAGAGCUGCCGGACGAGUUUCUUGAAAAACCAGACACGGGGGGUGGUGGAAAUGAUGGCAAAAAAGAUGCAGUUGAUAUGGAGGCAGCAAUAGACGACGAUCGCAAUCCAAUUGCAGCAGUAAUCGUUCCAGCACCCGAAGACCAAGAAUUGAACCAGGAGCAACAACUUUUGCCGAAUAAGGUGCCUAACUUAGCUGGCUUGGGCAUCGAAGGACCAGCUGGAGUCGUGCAACCUCCACAGAAUGAUCAGGAGGGAACCAAACAAGAUCGCGAAUCUACCAUGCAUCGACCGCGGCUUAGUGCACAAGGGAUCGCACCAAUAAUGUUCAACUCGUCAGCCGGCGAGGACCCGACCGCGCGGGAGAAGCGCAACAAAGUAAAGGAGAUGAUGAUACACGCCUGGAGCAAUUACAAGCUGUACGCGUGGGGCAAGAACGAGCUGCGGCCAUUAUCGAAGCGCGGCCACAGCAACAGUAUAUUCGGGUCGUUCGAUCUGGGUGCUACGAUUGUGGACGGGCUAGACACGCUGUACUUGAUGGGGCUACACAAGGAGUUCGACGAAGGCCGUGACUGGGUUGCGCGCAAGUUUACACUCGAGAACGUCGAUGCUGAUUUAUCAGUGUUCGAGACCAACAUUCGCUUCGUCGGGGGAUUUCUUACAUGCUACGCCUUCACCGGUGAUCGGUUGUUCCUCGAGAAGGCAAAAUAUGUCGCUGACAAGCUGCUACCUGCUUUCCAGACACCUACUGGCAUACCGUACGCUUUGGUGAACGUGCGCAAUGGGGUGAGCAAGAACUAUGGAUGGGCGAGCGGUGGCAGUAGCAUCUUGUCAGAAUUUGGUACUCUUCAUUUGGAGUUUUCAUACUUGAGCGAUAUCACCGGAGAUGCGGUGUACCGAGACCGAGUGCAGACCAUCCGAGCAGUUUUGAAGGACAUCGAGAAACCGAAGGGCCUCUAUCCAAACUAUCUAAAUCCGAAGACGGGAAAAUGGGGCCAACAGCACAUGUCGCUUGGGGCGCUGGGUGACAGUUUCUAUGAGUACCUUUUGAAGGCAUGGAUCCAGUCUGGUCACGAAGAUGACGAGGCGCGUGAGAUGUAUGACGAAGCAAUGCAAGCCAUCAUCCAGCACAUGGUCCGCCGAACGCCGAGCGGUCUGGUAUACGUUUCGGAUAUGAAAUUCGAUCGGCUGGAACACAAAAUGGACCAUUUGGCAUGCUUUGCAGGUGGUUUGUUCGGACUCGGGAGUACAACAUUGACGAAUCAAUACUCUCAACGUUACAUGGAGAUUGGCGAGGGCCUAACUAAUACCUGUCACGAGAGCUACAUACGUACGUACACACGACUUGGACCUGAAUCAUUCCGCUUCAACGACGGUGUGGAGGCGAAGGCACUGAAAGCUCAGGAGAAAUACUAUAUACUUCGUCCGGAAACUUUUGAGAGUUACUUUAUUAUGUGGCGAUUGACGCACGAUCAAAAGUACCGGGAGUGGGGCUGGGAUGCUGUGCAGGCUCUUGAAAAACAUUGUCGCACGCCUACUGGGUACUCCGGAUUGAAGAACGUAUAUCAUACUGAUCCAGUAAAAGAUGAUGUGCAGCAGAGUUUCUUCCUUGCCGAGACACUAAAGUAUCUCUAUCUGCUGUUUUCUGAUGAUUCACUGCUGCCGUUGGACGAGUGGGUGUUUAAUACGGAAGCACACCCCUUGCCGGUGAAGGAUCGGAAUUCCCUGUAUCGGCCAGCUGCCGUAUCUAGCUCGCCUUAAUCAUCUACCUGAUGACUGAGUGUAUGUUAAUUAAGAAGAAAUAAAUAGCGCGAGUGUUACUAGGACGAAUCCACUGCAAUAGUCGAAGAAGCUGCUCGUAAUUGGUAAAAUCGAGUUGUAUUGAGCAAAACCCAUGUAGCACUUGAAUCAGCACGAAACAUAUCGGAGCAGAUUCUAGAUUCUUUUAGAUAGGUUUUAUUUUCUUCUUUUUCUUGACAUCUACACUACGUACAAUCAUGUGAUGCUCACUUUGUUUGGAUCACAGUAAGCAUUAUGAGCCGCAAAUAGUUGUUGUUGAAAAACAUGCCUAUCAGUUCUAGAAGAAGUAGAAACAUAUUAAUACCGCAAAGUUAAAAUUCCCCUAUUAAUAUAAAAAGAGUCAGAGUAGCAUUGGACCACAGGUAGUAUAUAAAGAGGAUCACGGAGAUAUUCGGGUAACCUGCCCACUUAAACUGUUUUGUUUUGAGUUUCAUACAGGGAGUGAAAUGAAUCAUUGUACCAACAUGUAACAACAACUUAGCCGAACGAUAGGAAUUCUAGGUAUCUGAAAAGCACCGAUAGGGAAUUUAUUAAUUUCAAUUAUAAUGUGCCAACAAUUGGCUCGUCGCAUGUAUAGAAUAAGAAUAUGUGAUCAAUCUACUUGCAAAAAUAAGAGGAUCUAUAGAAGAAGUUUGAAACUGGGUUAACAUGAGUGAAUAUAUUCGUUUUAAAAAUACA